AUGUGGUCAUCCAUGGAGCAGCAGGGUGAUUGCUCACAGAGAAGCAGCAGAGUGAUUGCUUGUGAGGAGCAGCAGAGCAAUUGCUCACAGAGGAGCAGCAGAGUGAUUGCUCGCGAGGAGCAGCAGGGUGAUUGCUCACGGGGGAGCAGCAGAGCAAUUGCUUGCAAGGAGCAGGAGGCAGGGCAGGGCAAUUGCUCACAAGAAGCAGCAGGGCAAUUGCUUGCGGGGGAGCAGCAGGGCAAUUGCUCGCAGGAGAGCAGGAGGCAGAACAGAGUGAUUGUUUGCGAGAAGCAGUGGCAGGCAGAGGCAGAGUGGAGGCAGGGCAGAGAAGGGUGA